AUGAAUUGCGACGAGCUCCAGGAAAACCACACCGGGGAGCGGUACAUGAUCAAGCGACCCAAGGCGCUUCAAUGGUUCCACAACGGCCAACUGGUGAAGCAGAGCGACGAGGAGAGACAAGCUGGUCGCUUCGAGCUCUUCCUCGAUUUACUUUAUGUCGCCAUUGUUGCAAACUUCAGCGAUGACCUCGCCGAGAAUCCAGAUGGACAACAUCUUGCCAAAUACAUACUCAUCUUCGCGCCGGCGUGGCACAUCUGGGUAGACCUUCGCGAAAUCAUGAAUUCGUACUACACCGACGACCUCAUCCAGCGACUAGUCAUCUUAUGGGUCAUGGCGCUCCUAGUGCUCUACGCAAACAAUGCGCGUCUGGUUGAUGAGGAUUUAUCCGCGAUGCAAACGACGGCGGGUGCAUACGUCGUCGCCCGUUUCACCACCAUGUGCGCCUUUCUCAUUUGCUCUUUCGCCAGCUAUCAGCACCGCACCCAGGCGCGUAUCAUGGCUUUCUUCAUGUUCAUCGGUCUUUUCAUCACGAUACCGCUCUUUUUCGAAGACGUCAGCAUUGAAGCCAAAAUCGCCGUUGUCGCAGUCAUGAUUUUUUACCAGGAAGUCACUUGGUCACUCACAUUGAGUCCAUGGCUUAAGCGCAAGUUGAAGCUCACAUACAGCACAGCAGUUGACAUCGCCCACGAAAUCGACCGCAUGGCGGCAUUCUUCAUCAUCAUCCUCGGCGAAUUUGUCUACAGUGUGAUUGUCGGAGACCCAGCCGGCGUCGGGUUGACACUAGGCUAUGCUAAAGCUUCCUUUACUCUCAUCAUUGCGUUCUGUCUCAACUGGAUUUACGUCAGCGGUGAUGGAAGCUUGGAGGCGACGCACCCAAUUCGGCGAUCUGCUUGGACAGCUUUUGCUUUCUUUCUGCUUCAUCUACCACUUUCCGCCUCUUUUUUAAUCGGUGGCCAUAUUGCUGCUAUAAGCACAAGAAUAGACGAAUUUGAAGAAGGACAGCGGUGGCUCUUAGGAGGAGGCCUAGGUGUGGGCAUGUUCUGCCUUUGGAUAUACGGUAUGCUUUAUCGCACUCAUGACGAAGAUUGCUUGAUUAUGUCGAAAACGCCUCGCAUAGGCAUGCGUUUAGUUGUUGCCAUCAUUCUCCUUGCAUUGCCAGCAACGAAUGAUGAUCUAUCUACGACGGACUUUAUGGCUGUGGUCAUGUCGCUCUUUGCGUUCUUAGUAAUUUGGGAAACUAUCGGAGGG